GCUGUUCUGGGGGAGAUGGUGCGGUUCAGUGUGAUCUGGCUCCAGGCCCCAUUUCCCUCUUCCAAAGAUCUCUCCCGGAACAGAUUUGCUGAAGUGCCUGAGGACGCCUGCCACCUGGUCUCCCUGGAGGGGCUGAGUUUGUACCACAACUGCCUGCGCAGCAUCCCGCCAGCCAUCGCCAACCUGCAGGCCCUCACCUACUUGAACCUCAGCCGGAACCAGCUUACCUCCCUCCCGCCCUGUCUCUGCCAGCUGCCCCUCAAAGUCCUCAUCGCCAGCAACAACAAGCUGGCCUCGCUGCCUGACGAGAUGGGCGCGCUGAGCUCCCUGCGCCAGCUGGUGAGUCGGGCCUGCUGGCGCUCAGUGCUGGGCUAUGGGUCCCUCCCAGCCAGCACGGGCCAGCUGGAAUCCCUGCGAGAUCUCAAUGUCCGGAGAAACCAGCUCACCACUCUCCCCGAAGAACUGUCGGAGCUACCCCUGGUUCGCCUGGACUUCUCCUGCAACCGGGUCGCCCGCAUCCCUGUCUGCUACCGGCACCUCCGACACCUCCAGACCAUCCUACUAGACAACAACCCCCUCCAGUCGCCCCCCGCGCAGAUCUGCCUGAAAGGCAAAAUCCACAUCUUCAAAUACCUCAACCUGGAAGCCUGCAGCAAAGCGGGGCCAGACCUGGUCGACUUGGCCCGGGCCAACCGGCCCACCAGCUUCAGCACUUGCCUCUCAGACGAGUUCUACCCCGGCCGGCAGUACGGCGGCCUGGACUCCGGCUUCAACAGCGUCGACAGUGGCAGCAAGCGGUGGUCUGGGAAUGAGUCCACAGAUGAGUCCUCCGACCUAUCGUUCCGCGUGGCAGAGCUGAUCCGGGAUCCCCGCCAGCUGAAGGAGAAGCGGGACAGGGCAGCCAACGCAGACCUGGAGCAGAUCGACUUCAUUGACAGCAGCCUGGAGGAGGAGGAGGCAGCCAAGCCGGAAAGGAGCUCACAGGGCGCAGCCCUGGUUGAGGAGAGGCAGAAAGCAGAGAAGAGCCUUCCCCAAAGAGCUGGUGGUGGGGAGAAGGUGCCAAACAGCAGGACAUGUGUGGGGCCCAACCCCCCUCGGGAAGAGCCCGUCGGUGAGGAGCGGAGGCGCCCUGAGACGCUGCAGAUCUGGCAGGAGCGGGAGCGGCAGCAGCAACGCCCGCCGACAUGGCCAGGAUCAGGGGCCCUUUCCCAGCCUCGAGCAGCCCCUCACUUGGCUCUGUGUCCCCACAGUGGCCCAUCGGAGAUCAGCAGCCUCCCCCAGAGGAAGCCAAGGACCCAGGCUGCAGAGCAGCCGUCCAGUAUCUACAGCCCAACAUCCCCAGGGCAGACAGCCCGGCAGCAGGAGUCGCUCCCCUCCCAGGUCUCCAGCCCCCCAGGACGGGAGGCAGGUUUGGCCCAGAAGCCCAGUAGUUUCCUCUUCCGCUCCUCCUCACGCAGCGCUGUGAAGCCCAGCUCCGCCUGUACCCCCCACGACGCCUCCCCAGACCUCUUGCGGCUCCGGGCUGGCUCGCACGACCAGGAUGAGAAAGAGUUAACGGCCCAGCUACGCAAGGCCAUCGAGUCGCGGCUGAGCAUGACUCUGGCAGAGGAUCUCAGCGAUGCUCUGGCCAACGGAGCCGUGCUGUGCCAGCUGGUCAAUCACCUGCGCCCGCGCUCGGUGCCCUUCAUUCACGUGCCUUCUCCCGCUGUGCCAAAGCUGAACAUGGCCAGAAGCCGGAAGAACGUGGAGAACUUCCUGGAGGCCUGUCGCCGCAUGGGGGUCCCGGAGGUCACCCUGUGCUCUGCCUCUGACGUGCUCCAGGGGGACGCCCACCGGCUCUGGGGCACCCUGCGAGCCCUGCUGCUCUGCGGAGGCGAGGAGAGCGCCACUCCUGCUGCUGCCCACACCACGCCCGCCCUGCCUGGGCACCUCGCCGGCUUCGCCCUCUUCUAUGUUUCCGUGAUGUCGCUGCUUUUCCUGGCCUAUUGCAAACUGUGUGGGUUCUGACCAGUGGGGCCCCCAGAGCCUAGCCCUGGGGUGCAGGGGCCCUGCCCUUCCCAUGUGCCUUAGGGAGACCUAUGGGGGCCCUGCUGGAUCAGUGCUCUCCCAGCCACUGCCCAGCCUGGGAGCUGGUUCUUGCUGUCACACUCAAGGGCCAUGCACACAGGGGUGGGGCUGGAGCAAUGCUUCCCCUUGACAGUCCCCCGUGACCACCAGGGUCCCCCCCUUACUCCCAGUGGGGCCUGGGAGGCAACUCCAGCGUCCCUCAGGACCCCACUUUCACCCCAUCUCCCUGUGGAGUUUUGCAGGGCCAGGUUGACAGUUGGUUGUGGGGGCUCUGCGGGUUCCCCUUUGAACUGAGCUCCUGAACUGCAUCAUCUAGCCCCUGGCAGCUCCUGCCAUCUUCAAAUCCGCCUCCUAGAGAGACACCCCCCCCAGCUGGGCCCUGCUCCCCCUCCAUGCAAGCAAGGCCCUCGCUCCUGCUCGUCAGUGCCUCUCGCCGGAAACGUGCCAUCUGGCCACAUUCACCUGGGGAAUUGCGUGCCUUGCUGGGGCUAGCCCUGGUAAUCCAGCUGCCCAUGGGGACUUCGGUCCCACCGUCUUCCUCUCCUCCUUUGCCUCCCGGCUGUUCCCCCCUUGGCCGGGCCGCCUGCCUUAACGCUAUUAAAUUAUACAG